CGUAGACGGUUGCAACGACUUGUACAGCAGGUGCGAAUAGAAACAAAAAAGCAGAAUGAGUCAACCCCCUUCUAAUCCGGGCCUCCCGAGAGGUACCGGCUCGACGCCAGCUUCUGCACCGUAUCUAUACUGAAAGCAAUCCCCGCAUCAAAAUGCAUGACCGCGUAUGCCACAGCAUGGGAACGAAAGGGAUUGCAUAUGAGUUGGGUGACCGACAGCUGUUUUUGCAUUGAAACGAAACUGGGAUUGAUUUCCUAUUGAUACCUUGCAGACUCCACCUGCACCCGCACCUGCGGAUCCUAACGCGCCGAAGUACGUGGUACACAGAAUCAACGAUACGCCCCCCCUAUCAUGCAAAAAACUGCUUCCAAGUUCACUCCAUGUCUUUCAUGGGAUGGGUGAAGAUGUAAUGUUUUCAUCUGCAACAGCGCAAGGUCUGAUGUGCAGGGCAAACUCGUUUCUCUCUCACAUCGACGUGACUACCCAAAGACGCACCUCAAAAACCAAGACGCACUUUGUUCUAGAACUUGGUCUACUUGCUCUUGCGACACCAGACAAUAGGGAAAGAUCAAAAAGCUUCCCUCCUCCAGAGAGGAAAGUCGGAAUUUGGAAGCACUUUUUCGCACGAUAUUUGAACUACAACAUGAGAAAACCUGGUAUCGAACGGAGUAACUGUCUCAACCUACCAUACCCGCACGACACUUUGCGUCCCAGCGCUUGCAACGCAGAGAGAGAAACUAUUUGCAGAAAAAAUAAGUCUUUCUACCAUUUUCGGACGAGGUCGCGUACUCUACUGUACGUGCCUUAUAGGCUAAUGCGAACACGACUGAGAAAAACUGUCACGCUUGAGCUGAAAGCCUCGGAACUGAUGGUGGAAGAAACCACGACAUCCUUCUGCAUUUCAGUUUCUCUUCGCGCGUCGGUAAGAAGAGGCCCUUUGUUUCUGAGGAUGUCCUUAUCUAUCCAGUUGCAUAUCGAAGGAGGCUCCUUGCUGUCAGAGGAAAAGCUAAGAUGGUAAACAAGAUACGGAUGAUGAUUAUGAAGGAGCCGCGACAACAUGAUCCCUUUUUCGGUCUCACUACUGGUGUGCAUGGAUCAGAAUAUUAGCUUGCUUUUCCUCUGGGUUCGGAACAAACCCUUUGUUCAGCUCGAUAACGGCACCACGCGGGGGCGGUAAGACCUUCGUGCAGGUCGUGAACCAAUCGAGUAUGCAGUCAGCCACGAGUGAUAUUAUACGGAAAAGCACACCCAUACGACGUGGCAAACCUAUUUUUGUUGCACAUAAAACAUUAUUUUUUUUUGGCAUCAGUGAACGCAUUGCUCUGCAUGACAAAGUUUUCGAUUCUAGUGUCGUGCAUUACAAACUGCUGCUUCUACUUUUUAUGGACCAAAAAGCAUUUGCGCCGUAGCGCUAGAAUUUAUAUGUACAGAAUUUUUCUUUUCCUGGGUGUAUGGAUUUGAUUUUGCUUUUCUCUUUCAUACCGACAAUGAACAAUCCAACCUCUGCAAUGACGUCACAACAGCCAGCUGCUGCGUCGAGCGGCGGAGCGGGAGGUAGUAUUUUGGGUAGUUCCAACGAUGUUUUUUCGAAUCAAUGUCAAUGUUGCGUAAGAUGCAUUUUUUGCAUAAAUAUUUUGGCUGCAAUUUAGAAAAUCACGUGAAAACGAAUGGACCACUCUCGUGAUCUUUUUUGGCGAUGGUCAUCUUUCUCGAACUCUACACACAGGUAUGUCCGCGAAUACCACCACGUUCGGGCUCGGUUUCCCAGGUUUCUACUGUGGUUAUCUGUUGGUGUUUUAGGACCAUUGUGAGAAAUGCCGCAUGAAUAGAAGUACCGCUUUGAAGAUGGAUUGUGUAUGAUUAUGUGACGUCUCCAUUUUCUUGUACUAAAUCUAUUUCAAUACGUCAAAGGUAUUGGGAUAAAACCCGCUCCCGGGUUUGGGAAUUUUAGAAGCCCUGUGAGUGCCCAGUUAUCAGAUGAACUAGUAAUGAUGUAGUGCUAAUUUUGUCAUGCUCGCCCAAGAGGGAGGCAUAUGCUCGACCAGUCUCUCUGCGGCGUCGGAGACAGGUUCAUUCUUGGGACAGCUGCAUUGGUCAGAUUGGAAGUCGUCAUGAAGUGAAUUUGAAGCACUGCAUUUGCAGCUUUGAGCACCAUACCUCCAGAACCGGUUCUCCGCGUCCUCGGCGAGCGCGCGGUCUUCUGCUCAAGGAGGAGCCUCGAUUCGAACUGGUGCCGGGAGUGCUGCGGGUAGUUAUUCUAGUUGCUUUUACUUUGUGUGAAGUAGAAGCGCAGCUUGAUCAUGAAAAUUGCAAAUUGUUUUUUGCCUGGACAGCGGCACGAGGACAGCGCUAUGCUGUAGUGAGGCAAGAUCAAGUAGGAAUAAAAGGGCAUGCGUUUGAAAUUAUGACAAACAAUUUUCAGGUAAACCGCCUGCGUCAGCUCCUUCCAACGCGGCCACCGGUACGAACGUGCCAAGACUCCAGCUGCAGUUCGCCGGAAAAUCUACGCCCGCUGUACCAAGUGAAAACGUGUGCCACGUCUGUGCAAUGUCGUUUCAGUUUGUGCUUAUUCAUAGUGUUGAUCAUGACCACGGAAUUGCAGCACUAGCUUCGACAACACCUCCUCGCGCAUGCCUUACUCCAGCCUGCUGGAUCAGAUUCAACAUCGAACCAAGAUAGACUGCAAUUAUUUCGGGUAGAACGGAUAGGCAUGCUCCGACACCGACACACCUUUCCAUUCGACUCAGAACGCAGCUCUCCACCAACGUGUCCUCCACCGCGAACACGUCUCUGUUUAUUGCCUGA